GAUAAAAAUCAUGAUCUGAUCUGGAACUAUUAUUUUCCUUGCUGAAUUUUAACCACGAUAUUUUGUUCUAGAAUGAAGGCUUUAAAGCAUCAAGGAUCGCACUGGUCAGUCAAAAGAUUGAUAACCAUGCCAACGAGAGCGAGCGAUUUGGAAACAGGUAGCGCGGAGGCAAGCAAAGAUAGCAUCAGCUGACCUCUUGUUACAAACAAGAGGCGCAACUUCUCACGUGACCUGACCAUAUAAGGAGAGAACUCACGUGACAUGACCGUAUAUGGCGUUAUACAGACCGGGAGAGAUGGUGAGCAGCUUGCUAAAACACGGGGGAGGGCAGCUGUUUAAGAUAAAACACAGAUGGAUAUUAUUGGAUGGUGCUAGUACCCCUGACUGGUCCUUAGCGGCCUGCAUGCACUGUACACCCACACUGCAGUAGAUCGGUAUUCUCAACAUGUGGACGUGAUCGUAAGAUAAUCUGAUCAGCUUUGGCAGGAAUAGGACUCAAACUCAAACUCCUACUCAGAGGACUCAGAGGACUUUAAAACUUCGGAUUCCAAAUAAUCAGAACUCUAACAUCGAACUGCGUUUUAAUUAAGAUAAAUAGGAAACAUAUCAUGUAACUCGAUAACAGAAGGAAACAUGCCAUGUUGAAUGACUGUUGACCAUAUUCAUUGAUAUUGAUAUUUUCUGAACAAUUCUGGACCUAUGGAACAUUUGUUCUUUAUUACAUCCCUAUACUAACGGAUACUGUCUGGGAGAUAUUUUGUUGCUUAAAAACUUAACGAGAGGGCAAGCGGAGUUGUCCUAAUUGCAACCAAUCAGAACACUGGAAACAGCUCAUCGGACCAAUCAGAAGCCACUUAACCACCUUCUUUUUAGCAGUGUUGUUGUGGAUGGGACUGUGGGACUUCUAAACAAGUGCUAAAAUUAUCUGGGGGAUCUGGUCAGGCCGGCUCAAUUAACUGGAAAGCGCACUUCACUGUUCCCUGGGCCCGGAGUUUGUUAACAUGCUCGCUUCAUAGAGGACCCGAGUACACAACGACCCUCGUGACCUUCACGUGACCGCUAUUACAUGUCUCGUCCGCUCUUGCUCACCACGCUCAUCCUGCUCGCUCAUUGGUGGAGAGCGGCGUGACGUAACGUAACACGUGACCCAGCGCGUGACUCAGCGCUAUAGUUUCACCGAGCUCCUACGCCUCUACAUUCUUGAUUUGUACAGUCUCUGUUUAUUUUCACCUGCUGUUUUCGUGAUCACCGUCACCUGACAAUACUUCUCUUCUCUCGAUGAUGGCAGACUCGAGCACAAGUCCUACCUACACGCUAGGAGGCGCUGAGUCCACUACCUCUGACGAUUUCAUCAGAUCCUCCGCGAUUUCGUCUAGCCAGAGUCCUCAAAAAUCAGCCCCUGCUGAGGACAUCUCUCAUGUAAAACGACCCAUGAACGCAUUCAUGGUGUGGGCACAGAGUGCACGAAGGAAGCUGGCAGAUCAGUACCCUGACCUCCACAACGCCGAGCUUAGUAAAACACUCGGGAAGCUGUGGAGAAUGCUGAGUGAGACUGACAAGCACCCCUACAUCAAGGAGUCGGAGCGACUGAGGAUGAUCCACAAGAAGCAACACCCAGAGUACAAGUACCGUCCUAAAAAGAGGAAGCACCUGAAGAGACCAACAGAGAGACUCCCCCACGAAAUAGAGACGUUAGCUAAGAGAGCUCUACUUAACCCGGACCACGACUUUACUGCUAAUACAAGGCUUCUUAUCUCACAACAGAACGCGUGCAUGUCCCCGGACAGUACCAUUCCCGGAAGUGAGGUCGGAAGUUCCCGACAGCCCUGUCAGUUCCGGUACCGUGGCCCGGUCAGUUCCUUCCCUAACAACCCCGUCUCUUCUGAGGGCCCUUCCCUCAGUUCCUGCACAGAACUCCCCAGUUCCAGAAUAUUCUUAGCUUCUGAAGCUUCUGUCUACUCUUCUCCUUCUAUACUCGCCGGGUACAUGAGACCGAACGACCCGGUAUUUAGAUCCCACUUACCAGCCCCACCGAUCAGUAGCAGCAGUUGUUUGUUCCCCAGAGGAGCUAGCUAUCUCUCUUACCCCUGCAGAUCUCCCUACGAGCAGCCUCCCCUUGUUAAAGUGGAACAUAAGUCCUUCUACCCAGGGGGUCCUGUACAGCAGUCAGCAGUAACGUCCCCUUCCUUCACCCUGAAAACCACCGCCUCCCCAGCCCCCUGCACCGUGGUCUCCACCCCAGUCUCCACCACCUCUCGUCCUCCGCAGCUCUCCCCCGUCGUGACACGAGCUCCGGAGAUCACACCACGUGUCUCCCACGUGACCUCCUCUCCACGUGACGUCAUGAGCGCACAGCAACAGAACGCGUCCCCACACGACCAGAGCAAGCUUGUUAUAGACGCACUGUCCUCUCUUAAUGAUAUCAAGGACAUUGAUGUUAACGAAUUUGAUAUGUACCUGCCCAAAGAUGGCCAGGACCCUAAUUCCACCUCUAAAUGAUAAGCACCUGUAGUAACACGUUAAUUACACGCUGUUAUUACAUUACAAACUGUUAAUUGAUCCAGUUGAUUGUUAAUCACAUGAUAAUUACUUAAGUUGGUGUGAAUACUGAAUAUGGGCACAGGUCUCGAAAACUUUAUCUGUGUAUGCAGUUCUGAUUAAGUAAUACUAAUAUUUAUUAAGUUUUUUUAGAACCUGCGGAAAAUCAUUAUUUCAUGACUUAAGAUUAAAACACGUGAGGCUUGCACGAAAAACGGCCCCUGACAACAAAAAAACAAAAAAAAGGAAAUUUAACGGUCAAAAUUAAUUAUGAAUUAGGCUCCUGCUUUUCAUACCCGGCGAAUAAUGCUAAUUGUGGUUGCCUCAUGAAUCUAAAUUAAUGAAGGUUUUUUCGACCAAUACAUUCUAAGAAACAUUUCUUGGAUUCAUGAGUGGACAGGACAUGAUCAACAUGAUUUCUAUUGGAGUAUCAGGGGUGUUUUUGGGCAGUGCCUCACAACUUAAAAUAAAUUCCCAUGAAUUAGCCCAUGUUUUUUCUUACAGUGCGAUAACAAUUUAUAACUCAAUCGAGUAAUAUUAAUAUUAUAAGUUUUAAACUUAGUAUUUAUUGCUGUUAAUCUAAAUACAUAUUUUAAAGAAUCGUAGCGCAUAUUUGACAAUCCUGUAGUUAAAUUAAAAAUAGCGGUAACUCCUCAAAAUCUCAAAUUAGAAGUUCUUAGUGUUAUUAUUAUAGAAAAUUAUUACAUAUUAGACAAUAAUAAGCUUCAGUGAAUACAGUUUAUUAUAUAGUAAGAUUUGUAUCAACUUUAAGUUGACAUGAAAUAAUAUGUGAAUAUAAUUUUACUUUUGUGUCACUCUGAGGUGGUGUAUAGGUUAAAUUAAUGUUUAAAUUGAGGAUGAAAUGAGAAUUUUCGAUAAUUGUGUCAUAAAAUAUUUUGUACGUUUUAUACAUGCUUACAUUUUAGUAAAUUUUCAAAGUUUGAUAA